GUGCUCAAUUCAGAGAAAAAUGCAUGAUCAUGGCACAUAAAGUGAUUCAAGUGGCCCUGUGCACCACCCUGCUUGUAGGUGCUAUGGGAGCUCCAUUUUUGUCAGACGAUUCAGCAAAUCAAUUCCUACGACUAAAAAGACAAAUAUUUUCACAGGAUUACUGGGACCUAAAUGACAGUCAGAAUGCAUGGGGAUAUACUCUGGCUGAACAGGCUAGUGAAUCAUGGACAGCUUUGAAAACAACAGCCCAGUAUUACAUGGACCUAGGGUCUUCCAUCUUCGAUCCAUCAACUGCCCGGGACCACAUUAAGUCUUACACCGAUAUGUUGCAACAGUCUGGAGCUCAUCUUCAGUGGGAGCUGAAUGAACACAACUAAAGACCUAGAAGAAGUGCCCACCAUGAAGUCCACAAGACCUACUACUUUUCAGAUAUUGCACUGUCAGCUACUUACCAUCUCUACAUUUCAUAUUCCAUCCUUAGAUGAUUUUUAAAUGCUGAAUUUUUGAUGAAGUAUAUAAGUAUCAUGAUGUCUAUUAUUAGUCAUCUAUGGCUAUAAACCAUAUGAAGAAGAGAUCAUAGGAUCAUAGAUUUGAGCUGGAAUGGACCUUGGGAGCCAUCAAGUCCAACCUGCCUCAUUUAAACCAAGGUACAGAGAAGCUAAAUGACUUGCCCAGAGUCACACAAUUAGUAAGGGGAUGAGACAAAAUUUUAAUCCAGGUCUUCCUGACUGCAGACCCACCACUUUAUUCACUAUGCCACUUAAUUUUCAUGAGGGCUAUGGGGAAGAGGGGUAGAAGAAUCAGAGAAGGUUUCAUCCAAGCAAUGGCAUCCAAGUUGGCCCUUGGAAGAAUUCCAAUAGGUGGACAUAAGGGAGGGAGGGAAGUCCAUUCUAGACAUGGGGAAUAGGAGAAUUAAAAUUGACGUUAAUACUGUAAAGUUCUUUUUCUUCCAAGUCUGAUAGAAACUUGAAAGAGAUCAAAUUUUAGAGUUGUGUAGGUAUAGAAUUGUGCUCUAGUAGGAUAUUCCUUUGUUCUAUUCUGUGUAGCAAAGGAAGAGCAGACAGUUUUGUUAAAAGACACACUAUGAAACUGCAAGGCUGAUUUUUGCUUGGUUUUACUCAAGCAUCUUAGUAAUCACACUGUGAUUCAAUAAAUAAUAAAUUUCAUCCCAAUUGAAGAAA